AUGCCCGAGUAUAUGCAGGCAUCGCAGUCGCCGCGGUUGAACGCGUUCCUUAUUGGGGCGUCAGCCGGCUCUCUCAAUGGCGCUGUGCUGAACGGCAUGCAGGUAGUGAAGUACCGCAUGUGGAAUUUGGAGGGGAACCCUUCAUUCCUUGCGGUGGCGCGGGAGCUUUACUCUGAGAGCGGAACGCGCAUUUUCUUUCGCGGCGCUGGCGCGACGGCCCUCCGCGACUGUGUGUUUGGAGUGGUGUACGAGUCGUGCCGGCGCACCAACACCCUUAAGGACCUGCUCGACCCCUACGUGCUCUCUGCGGAGCGACGGGCCCAGCUGUUCCAGGGUGCGGCGGUGGCGCCUAGUUGCCGGAUCACACGUGAUGAUGAGGCUUCUCACAGCGAUGGCGAGCGGGAGCCUAUUUGGAAGAGUACGAAGUGCGGCACAUGCGCUUUUAUCUCCAACCUAAUCGCCGCGCUGCUCGCUUCAAUCGCGAGCUCACCGUUUAAUUACCUCCGAUCAGUGAUAUACGGCGCCCCAUCGGGCUCUGUACCGAUGCGCUACGCCUCCCUUCUUCAUUCCUUCCUUUUCCAGGCGCGUUUCAUUUAUUACCGUGGCGAGAGCUUUACCGAUGGGAAAUCUGUUGGUGUGGGAGGGGGGCAGCCACUGCCGCCAGCUGGGAAGGCCUACCAGCAGUACCGCUUGUCCAAAGAGGUGGAGCGGCUGCGGGGAAAACUCACGGCGCGCGCUGUUCGGCGCAGUCGGCACCCGAUGGCCGCGUGGCGUUGGGUGAACAGUCGGCUGAAUAUUGGGUGGGGGUCUGUCCGUGUCGGCCUUGGCAUGGCGAUUGGGCAGAGCCUGUUUCACAUGCUGCAAGAUAUCCUUCGAGGUGUGUGA